UAAUAAAACAGCGAAGACGGGUCCGCAAACUACAGGGAUACACCAGCUGUAAAAAACCUUUUCACUACGAAAUGGAUGAAUGGCAAAGACAGUAGUUUGAGGCGGGACAAGAGGACUCUCCCUGCCUCCUUCCAGAGGAUGGGUGCAGAAUCCUGCUGCUGGAGAAGAUGUCUCUUGGCCGGCUCCUGCGACGUGCCUCCUCCAAGGCCUCUGACCUCUUGACCUUUAACCCGGGGUCAGCGGGGUCACAGAGUGGCAUGGAUGGAGAAAUUAUUUUCUCCAAGAACAAUGUGUGUGUGCACCCUGCAGAGCCACUGCCGGGUCUGCCGGACCACCACCCAGGGUACCUGUGUGUGCACAUGGAGAAGGAUGAGAACCUUGGCACCACUCUGAUCCUGACAUGGGUGCCUAACUCCCGGAUCCAGAGGCAGGACGAGGAGGCUCUACGCUACAUUACCCCAGAGAGCUCACCUGUCCGCAGGAAUGGCAGACGAAAGCACUGCAGGCUCCAGUCCCGACAUCCUCCAGCCCAGGAGGAAAAUGAGGACAGAGAGGAGCAGGAGACGAUUGGAACCGGGAACAGAGGGGACCAAGGCCUGGGUCUGGAGGCUAUCGUGGAGCCCCCUCACCCCCAGGCUGGGGGCGAUGAGGGGGACGAGGGCUCUUGUGAGCUGUCGGCUGAUGAAGUGAGCAGAGACAGCACCAUGGGGUCGGACUCUGACACCUUCUCCUCGCCCUUCUGCCUGUCGCCUGUCAGCGAGGCACUCUGUGAGAGCAGUAGUUCAGUGUUCCUGGACAAUGAGAGCAGGGAGCUGUGCGACGAGUCCAUGACCCAUUCCGCUAGCUCUGCCUCCAGUCUGGACAGCCACACACCCUUGGAGAGCAACAGCCAAUCACAGGGCAAGCGGUGGGAGGAGCAGCAGAAAGUGCUGGCGCUGGAGCAGCUAGGUGGAGUGUUCCGGGUUGACCUGGGGCACAUGAGGUCUCUCCGCCUCUUCUUCAGUGAUGAGGCAUGCACCAGUGGGCAGCUGGUGAUCGCCAGCAGGGAGAGCCAGUACAAGAUUCUCCACUUCCACCAUGCGGGCCUUGACAAGUUGGCAGAGGUCUUCCAACAGUGGAAAUGCUGCAGAGAGACCCAGCUCAAAGACCAGAUUCAAAUCCUGAACAAUGAUCCUUCAACAGUGAUGUGUGAAUGCAUCUUUAAUGGUUCACAGGUAGUGGACGAGAAGUCGUGUAUGCAGUUUUCCAUCCGGAGGCCCACUCUGCCCUCUGCCGAGACCCAUCCAGAGGAGCGUCUGUACCGCCGUCUGGACGUAGCCACCUGGCUGAGACACCUCAACCACAACGGACAGGUUGAGGAGGAGUACAAGCUACGCAAGGCCAUCUUCUUUGGGGGCAUUGACCCAUCCAUCCGGGGGGAGGUGUGGCCCUUCUUACUGCUCUAUUACAGCUACGACUCCACGUCCCAAGAGAGGGAGGCCUGGAGGCUCGCCAAACGCGCAGAGUACCACGACAUCCAGCAGAGGAGGUUAUCUAUGAGUCCAGAGGAGCACAGUGACUUCUGGAGGAAGGUGCAGUUCACGGUGGAUAAGGACGUAGUGAGGACGGACCGCAGCAACCACUUUUUCAGAGGAAAGAACAACCCCAACGUGGAGAGUAUGAGACGGGUGCUUCUUAACUACGCUGUGUUCAACCCAGAGAUGGGCUAUUGCCAGGGAAUGUCUGACCUGGUGGCCCCUCUGCUUACCGAGGUGCAGGACGAGAGUGAUACGUUCUGGUGCUUUGUGGGCCUAAUGGAGAACACUAUAUUCAUCAGCUCACCCCGAGAUGAGGACAUGGAGAGACAGCUGAUGUACCUGAGGGAGCUGUUGCGUCUGAUGCUCCCCCGCUUCCACCAGCAUCUGACGAGGCUGGGGGAGGACGGCCUGCAGCUGCUGUUCUGCCAUCGCUGGAUCCUGCUGUGCUUCAAACGGGAGUUCCCCGACACGGAGGCCCUGCGCAUGUGGGAGGCCUGCUGGGCACACUACCAGACAGACUAUUUCCAUCUGUUUCUGUGUGUGGCCAUAAUUGUGCUGUACGGCGAUGACGUGACGGAGCAGCAGUUAGCCACUGACCAGAUGUUGCUCCACUUCAGCAACCUCUCCAUGCACAUGAAUGGGGAUCUUGUCCUGCGCAAGGCCCGUAGCCUGCUCUACCAGUUCCGUCUGUUGCCCAGAAUCCCAUGCAGUCUCCAUGACCUGUGUAAGCUGUGUGGUCCGGGGAUGUGGGACAGCCGCUACAUCCCGGCUGUUGAGUGCUCCGGGGAGCACUCCGACUCCCAGAGCUGCCCCUAUGGAGGCAGUGCACCUCCACAGCCCCCCACUUCCCCUAACCCCACCCCACCCUUCCAGGGCAAGAGAGGCUCCAAGACCCGAGACAUCUUCACUUUUCGAAAGCCGUCCUGAGGUGUAAUGGGGGAGGGGGCAGACAUUGGUGCUAACUGUAACUCCAAUGCCGGAGCUGCAGUAUCACACUCCCAUCCCUGGAGUCGCCUCUAUGUAUCUGCUGCUCUCUGACUCAUUCCUCCAUUUCCUCCUGGUCACAAUCCCCGUCUUAGUGAAGCAAUUUUCCUCAUUAUUCUUUUGACCGGUGCGACAUGGAACACCGCCUUAUAUGAAUGUAUCUGGAACAUUCUGCACCACUAGCACAGACUUGGCACUGCAGUUCCCAUGAAGUUGCAGUUAGAGGAGAAUGGACAAUCAUCGGUGUUGCUGUUUAUAUGCUGGGGCUCCAGUCUCUGGUGUAAGAUUGCUGGACUGGAUUAAUGGUUACUCCAUAGGUCAGUGACGGAAUUGAUGUGUGUUGCAGUGGUCUACAUUUUCUCAAAAUGUUUUUGUAUGCUUACAAUGGAAUGUUUGUGUGAAUAAUGAAAUUAUAUAUAUAUGAUUAUAUAUAAUCUCAGUCCAGUUAACUCUGAGACCUUUUAACACUACUCACUUCUAUAAACCUCCAUUGACCACGAGAGAAAAGCUCUCAUCAGCGAAUCAUUGUCCUUUUGUAUGAUAUUGUUUUGCAUUCCCAUCAGAGUUUUUUUGGGUUUGUAAUUAUACAGUUAAGCAAUAUACAGUAGUAUGGUUAUAUCCUUGCAUGAGCAAUCCUUUACGAGGGCGCAACUCGUUUCCUGAAUAACAUGGAAGCCCAAAAAAAAGCUAUAUAGGAAACUUUUUACAUGAAAUGUCCUUAUCAGGAACCUGUUCAUUUUCUCACAGUAUCAGAUGAUGCUGUCUGCCAGGCAGAACAUUUAUUUUUUUUAUUUUUUUUGAUAAGAGAGUAUAUGAAUAACUAUGAUGUUGAUCUUAGCUAAAGGAACGGAAAAAAUUAUAGCGGAAAUGGCCACGAGUUUCUGAAUGAAUUGGGCGAUCGUGAUGGUUAUCACACCAUUGCCAGCCAAAAGAUUGUGCAUUUUUGAUCUGCUAUUUUACAUAUUGAAUAUAAACUUAUUUGGAGGAUAGUAGACUUUUUGCUUUUUAAGUAUGUGUUGGUGUUAUAUGAUUUCAGACAAGUUGAUUGUUUAAAAGCUCAAACAAUGUUAUUGUGGUUCAUUUGUAGGACACCUUUAAACCACAAAAUGUCAUUGCAGUGUGCACAUGAAUAAUCAUUCAUUUGAUUUGUACAGCACAGCCUCUGUCAGUGACCGUAAAACGCCAAGCGUCUUCCCUGGCACUGACCAGGUGAAUGGUCUAUAUGAAUGGAGCCCAGGUAGGUGGGUGUAAGUGUAAACAGUACAUUGACUUCCCCACAUCUGGUAGUAGGUUUGGGAGCAGCUCCCAGCAGGCCUCCCCUGACUGAUCUCCCCAAUUACGUGUCAGAGCGAGAGGGAGACAGGGGUAGAUGGAACAAGCAAGCCAACCAAAGAGGAGCCAUUUGAAAUAAAUCGUUUCAUAUUCUUCCAUGAGUUCUUUAGGCUUUAAAUUGGAGAAUUGAGAUCUGCAUGUUUCCUGCGAUCAGUGAGUCAUUAUGACGUUUAAGAUGACCCACUCGUGGAUUAAGUGCCACUUCUGAGGGGAAAAUGUCUUCAAAUUGUUGCUGAAAGGGUAACAUUAGGAUCUCCAAGCUGCUUUGCCUUGCUCUCUCCCUCCUGCUCAACAUUCAGCGUCUGCUGUUGACAUGCAUUACAAGGACUUGAGUGCAUUAGUCAUCUUUGGCUGCUGCUUGCUGAAAAUGCCUGGAGAAUUUAGAUUUGGCCAACCACUUUAUAAAGAGCUAAACUGAUGGAUGGGAACAUUGUUUGGAAGAUAAUUGGAUGACAAGGGGCCAGCAGUGUGCGUAUUUGUUUGCGUAUCUUAAUAAUCCAUCUUUUUCCAUUGACUGCUUCACUCACAUGUUUGUGUUUACUGUUUCUGCUCAUGUUACAGACUCAUUUGUAGAAACGUCUUUAGGUUCAGGAUUGCGAAUUGAUUCUGCACUAUUAUUUAAAGAUUGUGACUUGGCGUUAUCACUGAAUGUACAAUGUCUCUGUAAGGUUUUAUAGUAAUGCACAGGCAACUAAUGAAAAGAGGGCCUCACAUACCAGACUGGCCUUAACAUUCUGGACGGCUGUGGUAAAGGCCGAAACAUUGGUGAUUUGAAAUAAAUCUCAAUCUCGGAGCAGAAAUGUGUGGCUCCUGUAUAUUAUUUUAAAAGCAAAAUGAGCAACAAGCGUGUGAUGAGGUAUGGACUUCCCUCAAUAACAAACCAGUUUCAUGUCCAUUAAGCACCAAAUUAAAGUAAACGCAUUGAAACGGGAAAGAUCUCCCUGGAUUUGUCCAGAAUAUUUUUUUUCUAUUGAAGACUGCUUUUUUUUUUGCUAAUGAACCAGAACCAGGGAGGAUCAUUGUCUGUCAGUGUAUGCCAGUUAAGGGGUUUUGACAGGUGAUUUUCGUCGAGUUCAAACCUGAAAUCUUGUCAAAACCAUAUCAAACAUUAUUUGUGGGCCACCUUUUCUACAGGGGAGGCAUUCUUUCUAAAUAACAAAUGAUGAAAGGUAGCUAGCCAAAAUAAUAAAACCAUAAUAA